GGGUGAUUAUUCAAACCACUGUAUUACAAGAAGCCUCAUUGGCCAGUCAUGGGCACUCCAGUCAGCUGACUCAUGGUUGCUUGAAUUUUGAAUGAAAUAGCGUCUGAAUGAGUGGAUCUGCUGGCAUCAUCCGCUGCCAAACAAUCACCAGGGGGAUUAGAGUUACCGUUACGCUGGAAAAGAAGCAAGGAGAGACAGGGCCAACAGAUCUCAUCCUUUUUUUUUUUUUUAAAUUGCCUUUUUUUCCCUUCUUUUCAUCAGGCAAAGACUCUCUUGCUGCGCCUCCUGCUGAACAAAGGAAAGGAAGAAGGACAGAGGGAAUAGGGCAAAAACAUCACCAAUACAAAGAGACACUAAACAUGUUCAAGACAAUCACCCGUUUGCUUUUCGGGGGAGAGGAGGAGACCCCGGAAGAUGUCAAGCCUGCAGAGGUUGUUGAAGAGGGCUGGCUUCUUGUUAACCAUCAAGAAGCAGUCAGUGCAGUGAGUGCAGCAGAGGACCAGGAUGCAGAGCUGGCCGACUGCACGCCAUCAAACCCCACUGCUCACAAAGUCGACGAUAUAAACCAAACUGGUAGCAAGAUGUCAGAGCCCGAGCCGUCGGUUCAAAGCAGCAGCAGCAGCCAGGUCAUCAGGAACUCUUUGUCCCAGGCUGAAGCCCUUGCAAAGGUGACACAAGUAACCCGCGUCCAGAGGGCUCAGGCCUGGGCGGAGCGCCACCACCUCUCCCGUAGUGCCAUUCAGCGCCACAACUGUGGCCGCCAGCGAGGCCAGCGCCACCACUCCCUCACACACAGCACCUACCUCCACCAGCCGGGGCACCGCAACCUCAGCCACUGAGGCUCUGGCAGCACAACGCUAAGAUUUUUUACCAGGAAAUAAUCUCAACACAGUCCGACCAUACAUUUAAUAGCACCUCACACAUACAAACACACACACACACACACAAGCACACACACACAAACAUGCAGUUCACCCUAAUUGGUGACAAGAGCAUGAUUUCAACUCAUUUUAUACAUUCCAGUCUUUUCUUGUGCAGAUUUAAGCUACACACCAAAUCUCUGUGCACCUCUUUUGAUACAACACUUGACAACUUAUACCAGUUAAUAGGCAGCUGAAAUGGUAUUUUAACCUGUACUGUAUAUGACUUUGGAAUGAAGAUGUACAUCUCAUGAAAUGAGAUACAGUAUGUUUGUGUGCACGUGAAUUUCUACACAUGAUCAGAGGGGUAUUCAACAAAGCAGGAUUAGCAAGUUGGCCAGAUGACUUUAAAAGUGCCACGGAAUAUCUUCUGCCUUUCUUUCUAACUUUCUAAUCCUGGUUUGUGGAAUGCGCCCCUGCUAAGUGGUGAACUUGUUUAUGUGGAUAGUCUAGCCUAUGCAAAAUGUACUCCUCAAACAUUUAGGACAAAGUGAUGUGAGUUUUGUACCUACAUGUGUUACUUGUAUGCACUAAUGAUGGAUUCUUGGUUUAAAUUUUUUCACACAGCAAUAAAAUGAAGGUGCUUGAAGUCGA